UGUCAUGUGUGGUAACUUGGAUUUAAUGCAGGAUCCUUGCCUGCCAUUUCAAGUUUCAUUUAAAACCUAAGGAGAACUGAGAAUCUCACUUUAUGGGCUUAACUGUUACCUAUUUACAUGCAUCUUGAAGGGUGCCAGGGACAAUUUGGAAGAAAUAGAAGUCACAAAAACAUCCUUCUUCCUGUUAAACUGAUUCAGCUUUUGUUUUGGCUGGACUUUGAGCCAGUAAAUAAAAAAAAAAAAAAGAGGAAGUUCAGAAAAAGGGAGGGAGGGAGGAAGUGAGCGUGCUUGGUAACUUGAGACUGCAGAACAGAGGAAGCACACGUAUGUCAAGAGAACAACUUUGAAGGCAACUGGUGGUGAAUCAGGAGGCUGUCACACCAGUCUGUCUUAUCCCCGUGGUGGGAGAGAGAUUAAGCAGCAAUGGCAUUUGUGAAGAGUGGAUGGCUGCUCCGGCAAAGUACUAUUUUACGGCGUUGGAAGAAGAACUGGUUUGACCUGUGGUCUGAUGGCCGUUUAAUAUUCUACGAUGAUCAGAAUCGCCAUGAUAUAGAAGAUAAAAUCCACAUGCGAAUCCACUGCAUCAACCUCAGAGUGGGGAAUGAAUGUCGAGAUUUCCAGCCUCCAGAGGGGAAGCAGAGAGACUGUUUACUGCAGAUUGUUUGCCGUGAUGGGAAGACAGUCAACCUCUGUGCAGAGAGUGCAGAUGACUGCCUGGCAUGGAAAAUGGCUCUGCAGGAUGCCAGAACAAACACGGGCUAUGUGGGAUCUGAAGUGAUGUACGAUGAGACAGCCAUUUCCUCAGCCCCUCCUCCCUAUACAGCAUAUGCUACACCAUCACCUGAGGUUUAUGGCUAUGGCUAUGAUCAGUACAAUGCUGGGUAUCCCCCCACUGGUCCUCAAGUCUUCUAUGCCUCCAAUGGACAAGCCUAUGCUGUUCCCUAUCAAUAUCCCUACCCAGGACCUUAUGGCCAGCCCCCUGCAAACCACGUCAUCAUUCGAGAACGUUACCGUGACAGCGAUGGAGAUCUUGCACUGGGCAUGCUUGCUGGAGCAGCAACUGGAAUGGCCCUGGGAUCAUUAUUCUGGGUUUUCUAGAUUCCUCAGUUUCUCAGCAUUGUAGUUCCAAAAGUCUUUAAUUCUGUGUGCAAUAAUAUAUUGGCAAUGUUGUUUACUGUUAAACUUUAAGAAAUGCAAUAGUUAUUUUUCAGUAGUGACAUCUUAAUAACUGAUUCUUAACUGUCCUAAGGAGAGUUUAAAGGCACCAUUUAGUUGAAGUGGUUAAAGACAGCAUGUGCUGCUCUUAAACUCUGUUCUGAUGUUCGGAGUUUUAAGGAUUUGUACCAAUAAGGAUCAAUAUUAGCACCAACAUAAUAUGGUAGCAGUCACUAGGUUUCUGAACAGUUUUAUGUUUAUAAGCACCCCAGAAAGAAUUUUUUUUUGUCCAAAUACAAGGUUUAUAGGAGCCUUGCAUUAAAGUAUAGGUACUAUUGCCUUCCGAACGUUCCUCAGACAGACACAUAGCCUCAACAGAAACUCCUUCGCAUUAGGUGGACGGCCAUACUUGAGAAUUUUUUGUUUUUAAACUUGCCUGCAGAUGGUAAUGUAUUUUCUUAGAUGGAGUCCUAUAUGUAUCUCACACCAUCUAGGCAGAUUAGACUUCGAGAAUGUAUAAGCCAUCUGCUAAGAGACAGCACUCCUCAGUUCUUUCAUUCUCCCAGAUAAUGUGAAUGACCAGUGGCAAGAAGACAAUGGUUGCUCCCUCUUUAUCCUGUAUCACUCUUCUCUGAUCAGACAGAAGUAAUGAAACUUUAGCUUCUAAGUUGUCUUCCAUGUCUGUAGAAAAGACAUUGUCUCCUCAGACACUGUACCAGCUGCUCUGCUGAGGAAGAGGCUGUUGUCUGGCGUGUCUGCUUAUUACUGCUGUCGCUCUGCAGAGUCUGCAGGAGAACUAACUUGAACAAACCUUGCCCUGCUGGGCCUGGCAGAGCCCCUUUGCAUGCAGUAAUAGUAAGAGGGGAAAGAGAGAAACAGCACGAGCAGACCUUGCACACGGGCACUUUAAUAUCAGCUGCCCUGCCAUGGCAGGGAUGGUGUCUACUUCUCAGCCUGCAAGAUUUCCUACACCAGGUUCAUGUCUGCAAGUAGAUUUGAGCACAGCUGAGACUGUGCUUUGUUCUAUGCAUGCUUCCCCCUUGCCUUCAACAGGUCUCUCUUCCCCUCUCACAAUUUGUUAAGAAAAACACUCCAAGGAACCUGGCUGGCUUUGCUCGUGCGUCUGGUUCCUUACACAGUGGCUGCUGCGCUACAGACCCUAACCUGGAGUGGCACUGUUCUGUGGCCUGUUAUGUUGUCCUGUUAUAAUCCACGCUGAGCUGUGCUUGGCAGAGGAAAGAAAUGCACGUGCUUUCAUAAUUAGGUAGAAGAGGCAGGGUGCCUAAGUUGUGUUCUUUAUAGUAAGAGGACUUAUUUUUAUACUUCCACUUUCAGCUUCCUGUAAUCAUACUGUUUUAAUAUUUUAAGGCUUUAUUCUUUUUAAGUUUCAUUUAGAAGUAGAUUAAUUUCCUCAAGGUUGGGAGGGUUUACAGUAUGUCAGAAAAGAUGAAAAUAGAUGAGAGCUGGCACCCAUGUAAAUUUAGACCAAGCCUCAAGCAAGCUUUUUCAUCUCAUCCUGAAGCUGUCUUGGCUGGGCCCUACGUAUUUAAGCAAUACAGGUCUCUGACAACAGUCUGGAUAGCACUAAGUUUUCAUGAUUCUUAAGACCAACCUGAAUAAACUGAAGCCAUCAAAAGGAAACAGACAGAUGUUAUCUUAGCUGCAUUACUAACUGUGGGCCUAAUCCAGGAAAUGCAAGCUUCUUCCAAAGAAACUUUGGAUUGGAGCUGUGUACCUAUGUGCAUGCAAGUCCUACAGAUGAAUAGAAGCUGCAUAUGUUCUGCUAAUGAUAUGCACUAAAAGGACUUACUCUAUUUGUCAGAGGGUCAAAAGAGGACCAAAGCAUAAAGUCUCCUAUUCAUAGUCCAACAAAAGGGAACUGGCAUGCACUACCGAAGUUAUCUUAAGAGGCUUGGUACCGUUGAGCUCACAAAGAGAUGGUGACUGGAACUUAAGUGAACAAACAUUUCUAACUUUUUCAAGCCUUGAGAUAGCCUUGAAGCUGAUUAUAGGUCUACACUGCUGUUUAGAGUAGUUUGAACUUUGCACUCUUAAGUAGUUAUGCAGAAUGCCUCCAUCUCUUUUAUGUGAUACUUAGCUUGUAAGGGUGCGGGGAAUAAAACAAUUGAACAUCACUCCUAACUUCCUUUGAAUUUCAUAAUGAUGGUGAAAGAAUAGCACAAAAUGACUCAGCUAGUAAUUUAUCAUAAGUUCAGAGUUUUUACAAGAAAUGUUGAUCACAGCAGGGGAGCAUGCGUCUUGUGCUUUCAGGAGAUAAGUGCAUCUGGGUCCUGAAUUUAUGAAAGGGAAGUAUAAAAGAUAAAGACUGUCGAUCACAGAACAUUCCUAGGAUUAAUUCAAAGCAAGAAAUGAUCCUUUCUGAAAGUUCAAAUUGGAGUAAGUCCCCAUUUAAAAAGAUAACCUUACCAAGUAGUAUAUUUCUUAGGGGAAAAAUUACAAAGUGAUGCUGAAGGUUCCAGUUUGUUCUUGAUACAAUAGGCUGCUUUUUACAAAAACCAUCAGCUACUUUUUUAUCCUAGCAGCAUAGCCAUUUAGCAGCCAGAAAGUAAAUGUACAAAACUGCACAAAAUCAAAAUAGCAGUUUUCAUAUUGCAGGUGCUCCUAGCCUUCCUGAUCUCAGUGCAGAAAUAAAAGUGGAGACGUUCUUGCUGCAGAAAGCAGCAGCAUGGGGAUAACCGCUUGAGCUCAUUGGUAGCUAAAGCUCAUAGACAUGCUUCCUGAAGACACUGUCCUAAUUCCUGUUCCUCAGGAAGAGUGGUGGUUUGGCCGUAUCUAAUAAUAAUGUCCAGCUGGAUACAUAGUAAUGACUCAAUAGCCCUUGUCUGUCCAGACCAGCGCUUGUUAUGUCUGCAGUUUUGUGGAUGCUGGUGUCAGCUGAAGGAGCAGGGCCAGAGUGGAUGUCAGGGCUUGCCUGAUUUACAGAUAGGUGAUGCCCUAGUGAGGGGAAGAGGCAGAGUUUUGAUACUGCUUAGAGAGACUGAUAGCAGGUUUGGCAAGAUCAUUUCAAAGCUGAUUGAAUGUACAGUCCUAAACAGAUGUUUGCUUCCAAAGGGGGCUGUUCAUGAUGCUGGGAUUCCAGUUACAUGUGUACAGCACCCAAAACACAUGAUUUUAUAACCUCAGGCCCAGUACUUGAGCUCCCUAAAGCUACUGGAACUCCACAGCUAUUACACUGCUUUUUGCAGUGUCUGUGAUCAGUUAAGGAUGACAAAAUCUAUUCCAUAGCAGCUACAGUCCAUUCAUCGUUAAAUGGCAGUGCUUGCAGAGUUAAUGAGUCUGUGCAUUCACAUGUAACUAGUUACUCCUGCAUUCCCUCUUAUGGACAGCUGGACAAAGCUAGGCUUCCAAAGAGUGGGGUGGAAACUCUUCACCUUCUGGUAAGCCAGAGUAUGCUAAAGGGGUCAGCCAGGGCCUCCUCCAAAAUUCUUAGUCACACGUGAAACAUAGCUACUGACUUCUGCUGCUUAAAGGUGGAGUGGGGGGGGAGGGGGGGAAAGGGGGGCUGGGAAGUGAGCCUGUUCCAGUGAGUGGAGGCUUAUGAACUUAGGAGGUGAGAGUGGGAAGUGUUUGUGGACAGAGCAACUGCACUGACUUCUGGCAAAGAUGCUUCCUUUUCUAGUGCUGAAGCACCUUCUGAGCUGUGCUUAGAUGGAACUGCCCUAAGUAUCAUGCAAAACAGGCUUCAUUUUUUUUCCUUGAGUGAAGACUCAAUAGUUCAUUGAGCCGGCUAAGCAAACUGAAGAAAGGAGAAAGAAUUCACAGCUGUGUUCCUCAAAUGUCUGUCUGUGUCUUUUCUUCCUCAUGAUACGCCUAAGUAGACAUUACAUAUAAUGCAUAAAUCAUAGAGGGUAGCAUGCAAUAAAUGCUUUUGUUUCUAGAUACUCCACAUUUUGUGUUCUUCUCAUGUACUCCCUACCUGAACUGCUGCUUUUGCUAUAUGUUCUUAUUAUUAAUUUAUAAGAAAAUAUCUUUAGCAAUAAAAUUCAUAUUUAAGUGCAAA